GGAUGCACAACGGAGCACAAAUGGCUUGGGUCGGGUUAUCAUUUUGCAUUCUUUUAAUUCACAUUGUUAGGACGUCUUACUGCUUUUCUCUGCUUAACAAUGAAACUGUCACAGUCAGAAACAAUGUUAAUCUUACAGUCUCAUUUGACCACACAUCGAAUUACAAUGGCACCAUUACUGCCGAACCUACACCGACAGCAUCUGCCAAGCGAACCACAACUGCGAAGUCCGUCGUCCGAAAAAGAAAACCAACGAAGUCAGACGAAAGCUUUAGUGAUGAAGACAUGGAUGGCACAGAUAAGAAAAAAAACAAGGACAAAACACAAGAACUAGAAUGCCCUCCUCUGGGUCUGGAGUCUCUGCGGGUGGUGGACACUCAGCUCCAGGCUUCCUCAUUCCAGCGAAUAGGACUGGGCCCUCACCGAGCCCGGCUCAACAUCCAAUCUGGCAUUGAGGAUGGGGAUCACUUUGAUGGGGCCUGGUGCGCCCUGUACGAAGACUUGAACCAGUGGCUGGAGGUGGACGCCCGGCGACCCACUCUUUUCACUGGGGUCAUCCUGCAAGGACGCAAUUCCAUCUGGAGCUGGGACUGGGUCCACACCUACAAGGUCCAGCUGAGUAAUGACUCUGUUCACUGGACACGCUGUAUGAACGGGACAGAGGAGGCGAUAUUUGAAGGCAACCAGGACCCAGAGACCGCGGUGCUGGGCCUUCUCCCAGAGCCCAUGGUGGCUCGUUACAUCCGCAUCAACCCCCAGACCUGGUACGAGAAUGGGACCAUAUGCCUGAGGGCUGAGGUUUUGGGCUGCCCCCUACCAGAUCCUAAUAAUAUCCACAAUUGGGAGACAGAGCAAGGCACCAAAGAUAACCUGGACUUCAGACACCACAACUACAAAGAAAUGAGAAAGCUCAUGAAGUCAGUGAAUGAUGAGUGCCCGGACAUCACUCGCAUCUAUACCAUUGGAAAGAGUUACACUGGGCUCAAACUCUAUGUCAUGGAAAUCUCAGACAACCCUGGCAAACAUGAGCUGGGGGAGCCGGAGUUCCGCUACGUAGCCGGGAUGCAUGGGAAUGAAGCUCUGGGCCGCGAGCUGGUUCUGAACCUGAUGCAGUACCUGUGCCAGCAGUACAAGAAAGGCAACCAGCGUGUGAUGCGUCUAGUGAAGGAGACUCGCAUACAUCUGCUUCCCUCCAUGAACCCGGACGGCUACGAGGGGGCCUACGAGAUGGGCUCGGAGCUGGCUGGAUGGGCCUAUGGACGCUACAGUUAUGAGGGGAUCGAUUUGAACAGCAACUUUGCGGACCUGAACACCAUCAUGUGGGAUGCCCAGGUGAUGGAGGAAGACAAAUCCAAAAUCAGCAACCACUACAUCCCCCUCCCUGAGUACUACACCUCUGAAGACGCCAUGGUUGCUCCGGAGACCCGAGCUGUCAUCAACUGGAUGCAGGAUAUCCCGUUUGUGCUGAGUGCUAACCUACACGGGGGGGAGCUGGUGGUCACUUACCCCUUCGACUGCACCAGAGACUGGGCCCCGAAAGAGAACACCCCAACCCCGGAUGACAGCUUCUUCCGCUGGCUGGCCGCCGUCUACGCCAGCACCAACCAGGUCUUGGCCAACCCCGACCGCCGUGUCUGUCACUAUGAGGACUUCCAGCGGUACAACAACAUCAUCAAUGGCGGUGACUGGCACCUGGUCCCAGGCAGCAUGAAUGACUUCAGCUACCUUCACACAAACUGCUUCGAAGUGACAGUGGAGCUGUCCUGUGACAAGUUCCCCCAUGCCAGCGAACUGCCCAUUGAGUGGGAGAACAACAAGGAGUCUCUUCUGGUCUACAUGGAGCAGGUUCACCGUGGAAUAAAAGGUGUGGUGAGAGACAAGGACACUGAUGCCGGUAUUGCAAAUGCCAUCAUCAAAGUGGAGGACCUCGACCAUGACAUACGAACAGCCGAUGACGGGGACUACUGGAGGCUGCUAAACCCGGGAGACUAUAAAGUGACUGUGCAUGCUGAGGGCUACAUCCCCUCCGUGCGUAGGUGCCACGUCGGGUCAGAGGCCCGUGCAACAAUCUGCGACUUCCAUCUCACCAAAAUGCUAAAGCAGAGGUUGCGCGAGAUCCUGGCCAAAGGCGGAAAGAUCCCCAAGGAUCUGCAGCUCCGUCUCCGGGCCCUGCGGCUACGCAAGCUGCGCGCGAGCACCAGAGCUAUCAACCAGCGCCGGGUCAGGCAGCGCAAAGCCAGAGCUUCCCAUAGGUCCUUCUGAAGACCUGGCUGAGCCUCAUCAGAUGCACAUUAAACCGUCAGAGUCUCUGUAUUCACUUCUGGUGUAUGCAAGGUAACACUGGGAGAAAUGCUAGUGCUCUUAUUUGAGUGGCGAUGGGGUAGUCUGUAUGCCUGUGUAUACCACCAAGAGCCAAUAUUUUUCAUUCAUUUUCACCACUUUGUCCCCAACAUCACUGCAUCUCCUGUGUUUUGAUCUGUGGAUGUGUUAAUUUGCUAAAGUUGUAGUCCUCAGAAUUAUGGGGGGUGAGUGCUGUCAUUGGUUCUUCAUUAGUAUGCAGAAUAUCUCAAACAACAAUGUGAAAUUUGACCAUUGUUUAUAUUGUUUAUUGUUGUACAUCUAUUUUAACAGUUUAACCAAAAAGAAAGCGCAGUUUUGACCAGAAUCUGAGUUUUGAAACUUUUCAUCUGAAUGUGUUUGGUGAAUUCAGCUAAAUAUUUAACUAAAAAGUACAAAACAAUUAAGUACAAAUGCAUAACCUUUUGUAAUUCAUUUCAAUAUUGGCUAACAUUUUCUUAAUUUGAAAGCAAGGGCAGGUUUGUAAGAGUGAAAACAAACAAUUCCUUACCAAUAAACCAGUAUAAAAUUUGCUGCAGAACAGCUGUAUUCCCAAAUGUGGACUAUAAUUCACUGUUCUGCUUGGAUAAACUGUGGUGACGUGGGUUCAAGCCUUGUUGCAGAUUACACAAAACGAGUAUACUUUUAAAUAAUGAAGCUAACUUGUGAAGGUAACAUUAGCUUUAUAAGACAUUGUGAUGCAUGAGUUUGUCUACAGUUAGGAGUUAGAGGAACUCCUGUGCUCAAAAGGGCAAAAUAACUUAUUGCACAGGACCUAUUUUAUGCAGCACUAAGAUUCCCUUUUGAGAUGCACCUCAUCAUAGAAAAUGGGUGCAACAAUUAACUUGCACCAAAGCAAAUAGUGAAACAUUCAACAUUGCUUUAUUUGUACAAUUUUAAAGGGGCUUAGUUGCAUACUAGAAUGUGUGAGUACUGAACCCUUACAGUCUGGAACUGCUAAGAUAAUAUGAUAAAUGCUCUUUUAUAUGGGAUGAAAUAAAAUACACUUCAGAGUACAAUUAUGUGUGCUUAUUCAUGGUUUAUUUUUGAAAUGUUUAAAGUAAUGCUGGCAUUCUGGGGUUCUUGCAAGUCAAGAAUUCCAAAUAAAGCUUUCUAAGAACAGUC